UGUACCCAAGUGUUAAGUUUCCCUCACUCUAUUAAAAACACGGUGCUGAUAGGCCUACAUGGUAAAAAAUACGAAGUAACAGACGUUAAUCUGCCCAUUUCACCGAAGUCUUCUGCAAUUUUCUAAGUAUGGCUACGACUGUGAAGAAGGUCUUUGUUGGACUGAUGUUCAUUUUUUUCACAGUUGAUUUUGGAGCUCCUCAGGCAGUGUCCAAGGAUGUGUAUCAGUGCCCUAGAAGACAACCGACUUUCAGAUCCGGCCAUAGCGUCCCGCACCCCGGGACCUGUAACAGGUACAUCAUUUGCUCGUAUGGAACGGCGUUCAGUUUUAAGUGUCAGAAAGGUCUGGUGUACGAGCCGCGGUCAAAAAGUUGUGUAUUCCCCUGGCAAUAUGAAUGCAUCCCCAAGACAACUAGACGCCAGAAAAAGACCACUGCUGCCUCGAGGACAAAGUCAAUCCCUAUCACCAGUCUGCGACAUCACUGUAGGAGCUCUUCUUUCAUGUUAAAUAAAACUGCAUGUAGUAGAACUGUUACUUUGAAUCUGUCCUGUCCAGAUCUUCAUUACUAUUAG